GUUCACUCUAUUUUAAUCGUGGGCAACUGGAAAUUAAGUACUUUGUUUUGGUCACUGGUCUCCAGUAUCACAUAAUUGUGUGAAAGCUGAAGAGGAGCAGCAAUUAGUUCAAUAUGUCAUUGAAAAAAUUAUUACAUUGGACAUGGUCAAGGGAUGUUAAUCUUCUACUCGAUGAAAGCUAAUGUUGACAGUUACCCUGUGGAGUUAACCCUUUCAGGCACCUUGUAACCUGAUAACGUGAUAAGCUGUCAACUGUGGUAACCGCUGUCUUUCGGGGACAACCCUUGAUCUUUGAGGGUUUGGUACUCUCACUGCCAAAAAUUUCUUGCAAAAGAUUGUUCACUUAAAUCCUUUAAGUCCCAAGCCUCUUUGGAGUCUGAUGAGACGCAUUGCAACAAUGAGAACAUACCCAACUCUGGCUUUGCUACUAUGCGCAGUACUGUCACUUGGAAAUGGUGCUUGCUAUGUUAAAGUGCAUGAUGCAGACGCUGCAUUUUGCCUGGACGACGUUGAUAAUAAAACGCACCCAGUUGGAUCAUCUUGGAUAAACAGUGAUUGCAUGUAUUGUACCUGCAGUAGUUGCUGCACCACGUACAGCAUUCCAAGACGAUUCCCUGGUUAUUGCGUGGCCGUGUUUAACAGAUCAGCAUGUGAAUUCAAAGUGUUCAGGAGGGAUGACCACUCUGUUGAAUGUCCAUUUUUUUCUGCCGUGGGAAAGUGAUAGAGCAAUGUCACGCUUCACCGACCCUCGCCAGGAAAUAAAGCCAUGUAUUUAAGAUUACAUACCGGCAGUUGGACUACUCUUAAAGUGCAGCAACCCAAACUGAUGGAAGAAAACAUUAUAUAUAACAAUGAGAUAAUUAAACAAUCAGGUCAAAUGUGACAAUUGAAUAAAACACGCAAUUCCAUUU